CUGAUCUUAGAAAUGGAAAAUGAUGACUACUUCUCGUUGAAUUUAGCAAUUUUCUGAAAACGGGAUAACAGCAAUGUGCUUCUCCGUGGAUGUAAUCUCGCCAUUUCAUCUUUCCCACAAUCCUUCAUAUGACAAUUCGUCAAUCUAAUCAACACAAGUUACUGAAACAACACACAAAUCAUCGAAUCGAAACCAUUUUGGGAAAAGGGUUGAGAAAUCGAGACACAUAUACCCACCAAAAAUCCUUGGAACAUGGCGAGAAUGGUGCGGCUGAUGGUAACAGAUACGAUAUUGUCUUUCAUGUGGGUUUGGGCAGCCGUUAUCAUCAGAUGGAUUGUUAACGGUGUUUUAGGGUUGAGGCAUGAUGGCUAUGCUUCUGAAUUCCUUAGAUCUUCUCUCUCCGUUUUCAACAUGUUCUUAUUUGCUUAUUUGGUUAAGCUCACAAAUGGUGGGGCUUACAAUCCCAUUGUUGUCUUUACCUCCGCCAUCACUGGAAAUUUUGCCUCCUUCCUUUUCAAUAUCGGAAGAAUCCCCUUUCAGGUGUUUGGAUCAAUCAUCAGUGUGAGGCUUAUCCUUGUGACUUUUCCCGCAAUAUGGCGUGGGCCAGAGUUGGUGAUCAACCUCCAUCAAGGUGCACUAACAGAAGGGUUAUUGACAUUCUCACAAGUGCUGAUCACACUCGGUCUUGAUAGAAACCUCCAGGGCAGUUUCUUCAGGAAGACUUGGAUUAAUAGCAUCUUAAAACACACACUUCAUAUAUUAGGAUCAGAUUUAACCGGUGGAUGCAUGAAUCCAGCUGCUGUAAUUGGGUGGGCGUAUGCUCUUGGUGUUCACAAGUCGAAGGAGCAUAUAGUCGUUUAUUGGCUUGCCCCCAUGGAGGCUACUCUAUUGGCAGUCUGGACAUUUAGGUUGCUCGUAAGCCCUUCAAAACCAGAUAAACAGAAGACAAACUGACACAGGUGAUUCUUUUAAACAUCUAUAUAAAAUUGAUCCAUCUACAUACAUACAAUGAAGAAUUCACUUGUAGUAGAAGUUUAGAUUUUGUUCUCUUUUUUGAUCUCAUUAUAUAAUUUGAUACUUGGAGCUUGUUGAUACAUUGAGGAUGAAAUGUUGUUCAUAGUAAGGCUUCAGAUUUCAGAGCUCUUUGUAUAAUUAAAUAAUGUAAAAUCAUGGAAUGUUUCAAGAUUGAAUUAGAAUUUUUAGUGUUUUUU